AUGGCGGACGGUGAAGAAGCAUUUGUUGCGUUAAUUAAACCAACUAAAGUAACUUCAAAGAUUUGGGACUAUUUUGGAAAUCCAGCGUACGACAGAAAUGGUAAACGGUCGGUAGACAGGGAAAAUGCUGUUUGUAGGCUAUGUAGAAAGAUGGUUAAGAACUGUAGAGGAACACAAAACAUGUGGUUCCACUUUGAAAGACACCACAAGGCUGAACAUGCAAAAAUAAGUAAACCAAAUGUGCCACAAAAUCCUGAAAUAAGCACUAAGCCCAUUGUUAAAAAUGAACCAGACAACAUGCCUACUAAAAGUCAGAAAACUGUUCCUGAAAUGUAUGCAAAAACACAACAUUAUCCACAAAAGUCGGAAAGGUCAACAGAAAUCACACAAGCUGUGGCAAAGUUCAUCGCCGGUGACCUACAGCCAUUAUCCGUAGUCGGAAAGGCAUACUUUAAGAACAUUUUGUCUGUGAUGGACCCAAAAUAUGAACUACCAUCUCGGAGAUAUUUCACAAUGAAUGUGAUACCAGAGAUGUACACAUCAGUUCGUACCAAUGUUGAACUGGAACUUAAAGAAUGUGAAAGUUUAGCUAUCACAACAGAUGGUUGGACAUCCCGUGCCUGUCAAAGCUAUCUUACAGUAACUGCACAUGGCCUUGAUUCUAACUGGAAGCAGCAUAAUCAUGUCCUUGCAACACGAAUGCUUGAUGUAUCCCAUACCGGGGUUAAUGUAGGUGAGGCCCUUGCCGGUGUUGUAGCCGAGUUUGGUUUGCAGAGACCAUCAGGUACAGCUGUUGUGACUGACAAUGCUGCAAAUAUGGACAUUGCAGCAAAAGCUGCCAUGCUCACUCCACAUGUGAAGUGUUUCGCCCAUACUGUGAAUUUGGCUUGUCAAAAGAGUGUCAAAGUUCAAGAAUUCCAACCACUUCUAACAAAAGUAAGAAGAAUUGUCGCAUUCUUUCACAAAUCAACUACAGCAACUGCUCUUCUGAAAUUGAACCAAAAAAACAAGGAGCUCAAACUAAUCCAGGAUGUGUCCACAAGAUGGAACAGUACUUAUGACAUGCUUCAAAGAUAUGUUGAUGAACAUGAAGCAAUCACAGCCACCCUGAGCUCCAGUGAACUAAGGAAAAAUGCGAAAGGCAUUGUGACCUUGAGUCCAGAUGAAAUUACAGAUCUUGAGGCGGUUAUCAAGGUCAUCUCAGAGAAUGAUUCUGAUCUCAUCAAGGCCAUGAAAGGUGCCAUUCGACAGGACAUGACUAAAAGGUACACACAAGUCGAGGUUGAAGAAUUCACGUGGAUGUGCACAGCACUAGACCCACGAUUUCGAUCACUCCCAGACCUGAGCAGUGAGAAACGAGAGGCGGUGUACACCAACCUGAUUGCUAAAACAGAAACUGUCAAAACACAGGUAAAAUCUGAGGUAUCUCCAGACGCAGCCACACCCAGUACCAGUACAACUACUGCCCUACCUGCCCUUCCAGCACUACCAGGCAUGACUGAUGAAAAUGCCAAUAAGGUGGACUUAGCAAUAGGUCUGUAUCGGGAGGUGGAGAAAUACCGCUCUGAGAUUGCAUCUCCAUUGGACACUGACCCCCAGGUAUGGUGGAGGAGUCAUGAGAAUGACUAUCCUAAUCUGAGCAGACUGGACAAGCACACCCUCCAUAUUCCAGCCACAUCUGUUGCAAGCGAGAGGGUCUUCAGUGUAGCCGGUGAUGUUGUGACUGCCACCCGAAGCAGACUGGCCUCAGACAUGGUGGACGUACUAGUGUUCCUAAAGCAUAAUUUGUGAAGUUUUGAACUUUCCUGUCAUCACGCAGCACGUUUGGUUUAGUUAUAAUACAGUGUUUGGUUAAUUAACAUUAUGAC